GGCAGGAGCAAGCCUGCAAUUACCUGUACUUCGGUUGGCAUGCAUGGAGAGACUGCUUCCAAGAACCUCAAGGACUCCGCGGUCUCCUACCACCAUGCCUUAUAUAAACACCUACCUCCUCCAUUACCCAUCAACUACAAUCUGUCAAAUCCCACGCACAAAUCUUGCAAAGCAUUCCCAGAUCUCCAAUCUUCACCAUGAUCUCGCGGGAUAAUUCCAGUACGGGCUCAGACAAGGGCUCCUCCCUGCAGUUUCAGGACUUCCUGCCGGUGAUGGCGAGGAAGCUCGGAGUGGACGGGCUGAUUCAGGAGCUCUGCAAGGGGUUCCAGCUGCUGAUGGAGCCCAGCACAGGCAAGAUCACCUUCCACAGCCUGAAGCGGAACGCACCGAUGCUCGGGCUAGGCGAGCUCCGGGACGAUGAGCUCCUGGAGAUGAUGAGGGAAGGGGACCUGGACGGGGAUGGAGCGCUGGAUCAGAUGGAGUUCUGCAUUCUCAUGGUCAGACUGAGCCCGGAGCUGAUGGAAGAAGAGGCGCACAGGGCGUUCGACUUUGAACACUGAUGCGAUGAUCCUUGUUACUUGAAUACAACAGAAGAUAGUGAUUGUCUUUGAUUUGUUUGUCCAACUCCAUUGUGAUUGUGAAGAAUUCUGAAACUCAAAUGAAGUCUGACAGACUGACAUUCCUCAUAUUAUGAUACUAACACAAAUAAAAAAAAUAGAUUACUAAGUGCCAUGAGGAUUCACUUGGAGUCACUGCAUGUAAGACCAUUUCAUCUCUAGUGAUCAGCAAAGGAAAGUUAUUUAUUCCAAAGUGUGCAAAUGUGUAGAACAACAAAAUUUUGUGAUAAACCACA